AUGUUGACUGCUCAGGCAACCACAACAGCUCCGGCGGAAAAGGCUACUCCCUCCUUGGUUCUCAACGCCCAGAACAAGUACGGCGACUGGCGCGACGACUUCUUCAAGAAUGGCUACUACAUCUUCAAGGGUGCUGUCUCCAAGGAGAAAGCCACUGAGUACUAUUACAAGAAGUCCCUUGACUGGUUGCAGUCGUUUGACAAUGGUUUUGACCUCAACGACAAGGAAACAUGGACAAAGGAGCAUCUGCCGCAGAGCUUCAAGAACAUGUACAUAAACUACUGUGCCGCCCAUGAGAAGUUCAUGUGGGAUGCCCGAACUGAGCCUAAUGUCAUCAAGCCUUUCGCGGAGUUGUGGGGUACUGACGAACUGAUCGUCUCUUUCGAUGCCUUCAAUGUUACCCUUCCUAGUCGCAAGGACGAUGAUUUCCGCCCUUGGCCUCACUGUGAUCAAGCCCCUGCGCGUAAAGGUCUCUCUUGUGUCCAAGGUCUGAUAAACCUGGCCCCAGCUGGUCCCAAGGACGGCGGUCUGUUGCUUACAAUUGGCUCCUCGGCCCUCUUCGAGGAGUACUUCGAUACUAAUGGCACUCGUCCUCGCCUUAGCGACGAAGCCAAGCAUCAUGAUCUCUACCGCUUCCAGCCAGAUGAGAUUGAGUGGUUCAAGUCCAAGGGAUGCAAGGAGAUCAAAGUAGAGGCAGAGCCUGGUGACCUGGUCCUUUGGGACUCCCGCACCAUCCACCACGUUGCCAGGAUUGAGUCUGAGCAGAUCCGCAGCGUCCUUUACGUCUGCAUGACGCCGAGGGACUUGGCCUCGCCGGAAGAUUUGGCCUUGAAGAAAGAUAUCUUCGAGAAGUACGAGGCAACCACCCACUGGCCUCACUGCAAUAUCUGGCGUCAGGGCAAGGCUCAGAAAGAUGGGAAACGGGAUCCACUGGAGCGGGAUGAGCCUCUUGAGAAGCCGGUCGUGACGGACCAGAUCCUUCGCCUUGCUGGUAUCAAGCCUUACAAUGAGUAA